CCAGGGGAAGAAGACAGCUAUAUCAGGAGUGUCAAUAAAUGGCGGCGGGUUCAGAGUAGGCUUAUGUGAAAUUCAGACUGUGAAAAUAGUGUGCAGCGGCUUAGCAGUACAGAUUAGUAGAUACAGAAUCGACAGAAGAUCCGCCAUGCAGUCAGAGUAGAGGAGGGAAGUCGUUCGGCGAGGAUGGGUUUCCUGCUGGCACUGCUGGUCUGCCUGCGCGCUGUGCCUGCUGCGGCGCCGCGGGCCGCGCACGAAGAAGAAAAAAAUCAGUGGCUUCUUCCAGGCCUUUUCCAUGUUUUCAACGUUAUAAGCGUGUUCAUUCUAACAUGUCUUUACAUCCUUAAAGAGAUGGAGUCGCCUUUUUGGGAAAUCGUCUUCACCAAUGACUUGAACAGCAUCAAUAACUUCUUAAGAUCCAAAAUAAAGUCAAUAUAUGAAGAAAUACGUCGACCAGCAAAAUCUUUUUAUGGAAAGGAACCACCUCGGUUAAGGAUCCCUGAGCCCCUCUGCCGAGCAGCAGCCAACAUUUCGGCCCGAAAGAUGAUGAUGACCUGGACGGAAAGAACCGAAGCUUUGUUUGAAGCAGCGGAGUGGGGCAUGUACGCUGACGAAGGCGGAGUCCACGAGGCCAUGGCCACCUUCGGCCUCCCAGCCACCGUGAAGGACUGCCACGGCUGGUCCGUCCUGCAUUACGCCGCCAGCAUGAGGUUUGCCGACGACAGCCCCGUGUGGGGGCUGAGAGACAUCAGGAAAUACGUGGAGCAGCACAAGCCCUUCCCGAACGCAGUGGAUCAUUGGGGCCAAACCGCCCUUCACGUCCUCGCCCAACAUCCUCGAGGGAGUUUAGAGGCAGUUUUGGGCAGGAAGAAGCGAAAGCACAACGUCGCAGGGGCAUGGGUGGCCAUCGCUUGCCUCCUCAUCAAGUACGGUUGUGAUCCCAAGAUUCAGGACAAGCAAGGGAAGCGAGCUGAAGAUAGAGCGCGGGAAUUUAACAACGUAGAGCUUGCACAGUUACUGGAACAGGAAUGUUCUUCAGGCGGGGAGAUGCAUCACGAAGCUGCCAGGAAGAGGUUUCCCGAUUUGCUGGAAGCCAGCAGGAGAGGGAACACGAAGGACCUGACGGAGCUGCUGCUGGCCCAGGUUCCUGCCCCGUCGACGGGCGUUCACGGCGACCCUCUCCUCGAGGCCUUUCGCAACGGCCACCGCGACGCUGUGCUCCUGCUGCUGAGUGCGGGCGCCUCCCUGUGCGACUCCAGCGUCUCCAGUUUCAUCGACGCUGAGGCUGCCCACCGCGAGCAGGGCCUUUCCAUGCUGCUGGCGGCACUCAUCAGAAGAGAUCGCCUCGACGCACUGGCACAUGCCUCGGCGCCUCCUCGAAGAGCCCCUCGGCGAUGGCGCAGGGCGGGCGUCGGCCAAAACGAUUCAGAUAAUAAAAGCUGUUAAUGACUUAAC